AUGACCGAGGAGCAGAAGAAACAGGAGGCGCACGAGCGUCAGAUGAAGGCGCAGGAGAAGAAGGAAGCUCAGGCGAAGCGGGCAGCUGAGAAGGCGGCGGAGAAGGCGGAGAAGGCGGCUUCAGGUGGAAAGGGGAAGGGAAAGGGGAAAAAGCGUGCCCAGCCCAAGAGCGCUGAGACCGUUGACUCUGGCGAUGAGGACGACUCGUCACCUGCUGGUCCUCCUGCGAAGAGGACAGCCAAAGGCCAGGGCGGGAGCAAGGCGAAGAAGUCCAGGGUGAGCGAAGGUCCCCAGGAGGUUGAGGAGCAAGAGGGCGCUGGUAAAGAAAAGCAGGGUCAGGACGCUGGAGGUGGUGAUCAGAGCGAGCGCGGCAACGAGGGCGAAGGUUCGGGGGAUCAGGCACCCGAAGAUCCUGACACUCCACGCGCUCUAUCGCAGGACAUGGACUUGGAUGGCGAUGUUGUGAUGGACGACGUAAAUGUACAUAACAAGAAGGGUUCGAGCAAGAAGAGUCGAGGAAAACAGACAUCCACAAAUGUCGACAGCCUCAUCAAGGAGACCGGCGCCGCCUUUCAAGGCCUUGAAGCCAUGCUCGCAUCGCGUGCCCAGAACGCUGCCCAUAUGAUCAAGCUACACACUGAAGCUGCCAAGGCGGAGUUGGGCUACGUUUCCGAGUUCUUUUCGCGUGGGUUCUACCAGUUCGUGAAAACCAAAGGUCGUGCCGCCCAGUUCAAGCCUGUUCUCGACAUCGUCUACCGGCAUUACAACAAGCGCCCUCAAAACCCAGCUGUCUUCAAGCGCCUCAAAGACGACGCUGAAGUACUCGCCACGCACGCGGAAGAACACGCGAUUAUCAUCGCACUCCCCGGCUCUAUUAUCGACAGCAGCAUCUUUACGAAGACGUCCACUGGGGAGCCCAAGGUCUUCAAGAUUAACCUUGAGAAACUCGCCAAGUUCCUCGAGGACCACGACAAGCCCGUCAUCUUCCUUGUCAACGGUGCCCACCGACUCGAGGUGGUACAGGACCUUACCCAGACGUCGCGUGCCAGCUGGGCCGAGCAGCUUGUAGCCGCUGCGAACACGGACGAUCCCAAGGAGAAGGCCAAGCUUGUUAAGGCCAUCACCAGCAACACCCGUACGCUCCUGGAGGCGGGACUGUGGUGUGCAAAGGUCUACGAUACUGAACUACUGGAGAAGUCGAAGCUUGGAGAAGAGGUCCUCAGGGUUCUAGCGUCUAACCCAGACUUUGCGUCUUCUCCCGACCGACCGUUUGACAUCGUCAAGAACAUCGUCACUGUUCUUGUCACCCACGGCGUCAACUACUCGAUGUGGUUGAAGCAGCUCCCUUUCUUCCCGCCGAACAAGACCAUGUCGGCCUUAGCACAAGAUUCGAAGGGUUUGGAGGUCGUCGUCCACAUGUUCGCGAGCGACGCUCACAGCCACAACAAAGAGAGUAAGCUCUCCAUGUCAAUCAUCGAGUCCAUCGCCGACCUUCCAGGAGAGAUCCUUAACCCGAUUCUUCACAAGAUGUAUCGUGCCUUGUCGUUCCUCGCAGCUCCCAUCUCCGCAGUUCCGGCAGGCUCGGAUUUCGAUAUGUCGUACGCCCAGCUCGACUACACCAUUCUCGACUUUUCGUUUUGGAAGACUGUUGAUGAGAAGUACGCCGAGCACAUCAAGCCCAACUUCGUUGCUUUUGCCACCCCUCGAGACCGACUUCCAGAGAACUCGGCGUCUUGGUAUGGAGGGGUCAAGGCGUUUUACGAAUCGAUGAUCGCCUCGUUUGAAGCGGACGCCCACCGCGCGGUUGAAGCCAAGGAGAAGAACGUCCCCCAUGCCAACCACGACAUCAUCGUCGCUCUUCCCGAGCGUACCCGCAAGAUCCAGCAGGCCAUCGCGGGCGAAAACGAGGGAGAGUUUGCUCUUCCCUUUUACAUCCCCCAGUUGGCGUCGAGGUUGAUCGAACUUGUCACAGCACGCCGAGAGGGCAUCGCGAUGGCUAUCGCUCUUGUUGACCCGGGUUUUUUGACGCCCGUUCACGGCAAUAGUGGCUACGAGUACCACCUCAGAGAUGUCGCCAAGUGGAUUGCGACCUUCCCAGUCAAAGUCGUGGAUCUGGUUUCCAAACCCCUCCAAGAGUUGAAACCCUCUGCUAACCGUGCUGGUUUCCACGUUCCAAUCACGAUUGAAACCACGUCGCUGCAUUUCAAUCUCGCCAGUUUCGUCGAGUCAUUCUCAAGUCCCUCCACACCGCGUUGGUUGAGUGGGAGCAAGGACAAGACGUACGCCUGGAAGUGGUUGGCUGGUGAUGCCCCUAUCGCCUCCAACAUCUCCAAGCUCAGCCCCAAGGCGACCUACGAAAACCCGGCGCAAGAGGCCACCAAAAUGCUCCCCACCAUCCUUCGCGAGUACGCCGCCGCCCAGUCCAACCUCGAAGCUGAGCACGCUACCUCAUUCCCCGAGCUUCACGCCGCCGUAGAGCUUGAUAUACGGAAAUGGGGUAUCCAGACGACUAUGCUCGAUAUUACAAAGGGUAUCGAGACGCUGCUCACGCGCUCAGGACGACCGUGGAUGAAGACUGGGGGAGGUGGGUCUCACAAGGCUCACCUCCAGAAGGCCAAGUCGGCUUCAGGCGUCAUCUGGAAGACCCUCGUCGCACUUCCCCAGCUCCAGCAACUCAUCCGCACGGACGCUAUGGUCUUCGACGUCUACAGCGACUUGGUGAAGACUAUCCACGAGCAUCGAGAGUCUUGGGAACCCUGGCACAAGAUCACCAGAGACACCCACCAGCCCACCUCCCAAUCGCUCUCCAAGCUUACCUCCAGCAAAAUCACGGACUUCAAGCAAGCGACGGAUUUGGAAAUGCUCAAGGGGAUGCAGCAGAGUCAGAUGGACAAGUUUUACCUGUCUCUCGUUCGUUCUCUCUCCAUCAGCUACACGACCAGCGUUGAGGAGGAUGGCGAGCACGUUCAAAAGUCGUUCACCCGCAUUCCAGUCUGGGCGUACAACCAGUUCGUCAACCCACUUCGUCAUGCGUGUUACCUUCGGAUGCUCGAGCGCAGGCGAUUCGGCCCAGUGUUCAUCACCGACAACAAGACCCAAAAGGAGAAGGAACUCAAGGUCGGAAUCAACAACCUCACCAUCAUGGACGACGUCCUCAAAAGCGAGUUUGGUAUCGAGAUUCCCCCGGAGGAUUCGGACUUUUUCAUCGAGACCGACGACGUCAAGGUUGCCCUUCGAGCAUACAGCGACGACGAGCGUAUGAAGAUGAUGAUGGGCCAGGGCCCAGCCACCCCUAUCCGAUCCACUCGCCUCGGCGUGGCAGUCAACAUCCCCAACGCCCCUCGCGUCGAAGUCAAGUCCACCAUUGAGGACGAACCAGCCGAAAAGCGCACCUUACCUGUUGGGGGGAUCGACGAAGCGCUCGCCACCAAGCUCAGCGCGGCGACAGGCGACAACGUCAACACCAAGGAUCGGGAGGAAGGGAACAGCGAUGAGGAGGAGUUUGCAGGGGAGGGAGACGGUGAAGGCGACGAAGACGGUGAAGGUGACGAAGACGAAGACGAUGAAGGCGAGUCAGGAGGCGAUGGCGAUGAAGGCGACGAAGACGAUGAAGGCGCGUCAGGAGGCGAUGGCGAUGAAGGCGACGAAGACGAUGAAGGCGCGUCAGGAGGCGAAGGCGAUGAAGGCGAUACAGGAGGCGAUGGCGACAGCGUAAGCGGGCAAGGCGAGUCAGCAGGCAAUGGCGAUGGCGAUGGCGGCGAUGGCGACGAUGACAAGUUGGGCGAGGAGGGUGAUGCCCCCGCAUCCGAAGAUUCUGCUGGUCCCAACGCCCUCGACACCUUGAUUUUCAAGGGUCUCGCUGCCGCAGGGUCAUCCUAG